CCAGAGGACGCUGCUCGGACUGCUCCCGGAGGACCCGGCCCGAGUGGAGGCGCCGCCGCUGCACCUCCCAGCGCCGGCCAUGAGUGAGAACCAGCUGCAGCAAUGCCAGCAGGCGGCUGAGGAGGUGACAGAAAUCAUGCUAGAGAACUACACCAGGGUACUGGACCGUGAGGGCAAGCUUAGCGAGCUGGAUGACAGGGCUGAUGAGCUUCUUAAACAGAGUUGUACUUUCACCAGGACAACUAAGACUCUGGCCCAGAAGAAACGCUGGGAGAACGUGAAGUUCAAGAUCAUCCUGGUGGCAGUGGUUGUGGGGGUUAUCCUGCUCAUCGUCUCAGCCAUCCUCUACUUCACUCUCUCUGGAUCUGGGAACCAGGAGGCUCCAGCACAGAUCAGGGCUGGGGGUGACUGAUCUGCCCACACUCCAGAACUGCCUUAAAGGAGUUUCAGCAUUAGAGUAAUUGGGGGGGGGUGUCUCCUGGGGGGGGCAGUCUGAGUGCCUGGGAGCUGCAUUGCCGCCUCAAACGCCCCAGCUGCUCCGCUUCUUUGACUGGGGAAGCCCCCCUGCCUGC